UCUUUCUUUUUUCUUUCUUCUUUCUUGGUUUCUAAACCUAAGUUGUUGGACUCUGGUAGUAACCGGAGUCACAACGACAUUGGAAAGGGACUUCGCAUGUGGGGAUCUGUCGAAGGGGUUGUGACGUGUGGAGGAUCUCUACCCCGCAUCAUAGCAAACCCUAGAUGGAUUUUUUGAAGCAAGAGUUUCAAAAGAAGCAUCAAUCUAUAGCGCAAGACACCGACGACAAAAGUAAGAGUCUUCAAGCGCUCUAGAGAUCCAACAAAAGGAAAUCCAAACGCUUCGGCCUAAACGAGGGUGCACGAAGAAUGGAUCUAGCCCAAACACUUCUUCAUCAAAAUGAAACACGUCAUCUUCUUUCCCAAAUCUCUUAUCAGUGGUGGAGCUAUACGGCAUUGCAGCAGGCCGAGAGAGAUUAUUACUCUCGCAACCUCUAGAAUCACUUCAAUUGCGGAGUCACUACUCUCCUUGUUUACUUGUCAUGACGGAGCAUGGAACGGAUGGAAAGCAAAUGUACAUGAGAGGAUUUAAGAACUGAGUCUUCUUGUUUUUAAGAGAUUAUGAGACUGUUGAAAAUGAAUUUGGAGAUAAAGUUUAGAAAAACAAUACUUUGACACGGUCGAAGUAAUUUACACUCAUUUGACACGCGGUGAGGCCCAUUUAGUGUCAAUGUGAUUAAGGGUAAAUUUGUCAUUUGGAUGGUGGGCUGCUACUGCACUGGUUUGGAAAGAAAAUAAAUGGAACGGUGCGUUUCAGUGAAGGAAGCUGCUGCAUUAGAGUCUCUCUCUGAUUUCAAUUUUUCAAAAGUCUACCAUUUCAUUUUGGAAGAGGAACUCUUCGUGCAGGUUAGGGUUGAGAGAGAACGCGAGAAAGAAAAAAAAAAAGGAGAACUCUAUGGCUCCCACUUAACCGGAAGCUGGACAUGAUCGGAAGAGUUCCAAUCGGCAAAGUUAUGAUUAGUGUGGAGCUCGAGAAAAGAAGGUCGACCUCUCUAUCAGAAGUGCGAAGUAUGAUAGUAAAGGGGGCAAGGGUGUGAGACAGAGAGUUGCGCUAGGGAGAACGAGAUACAUCAAAUUUGAACCAAGGGUUGCGAUAAAGAGGAAAUCGAACAAGGAAGAUGAAUAAGUGGUGAAGCGAGGAGCGGAGAAGAGGUUUGGAUCGAAUGUGAAUGGAAGGAGGGCGGGAAGAGGAUGUGAUUGCUAUGUCGUCUGAUCUGAUCGUAGACUCCUAACUGAUUGCAAUUUGGCAGCAGAUGCAAUGAACUGAGUAACACACAGACUUCUUAUUCAAGAUUGAAUCCCAAUUUGCAUCGGAAUGUCUCCACGUCCGCUGCUACUUUUCUUCGUCUUUAUGCUUCUCUUUCACGCUCCACAUUCUUCAGACGUUUCAACAACCAAAGCUUCUACGUCCCUCUAUGAUUGCGACCAAUGUCAUCGCGCUAAGGAACGCGACAUUUCCACGACUAGAAACCGCCUCAAUCCCAAUGAAAAGGACAUUGAUAUAAUUGCAACAUACAGCGAUGCUUCUGGCCAUGUUAGACUUGCUAGGUUGAAAAUGAGGGAUUUAUCUGAUUCCUGGGUCUGGGAAAACCCUACUAAUGGGAACAACGAGUAUCAAAAGAGCUCCCAGGAAUUGACGGAAUCGUAUCAAACUGAUUCAAGUUUUGAAGACAAUCCCAAGCACUCCAUAGAUGAACGUAGUCCUGAAGAAAACAAAGUUGAAAUUCCCCAUUCCUCGUUAAUGACACCGAUGAAGAUCAAACGUCGAGUAAUGCGGCAAGAAAGAAGGAAAGCCCGUACCGCUGAACUUACACAGGAAAACCGAGAAACUAACAAUCACAUUGUAUCAGCAGCAAUUAAACACACUGAAGAAUUUGAUACCACUGUCAAGGGAAAGUAUAGUAUAUGGAGGAGAGAAUAUGAAAACCCAAAUUCUGAUUCAACUCUGAAACUCAUGCGUGAUCAAAUAAUAAUGGCCAAAGCCUAUGCUAAUAUUGCAAAGUCUAAGAACAAUACUGUUCUAUACGAAGCUCUUCUCAAGCACUCCAGUGAUAGUCAACGGGCUAUAGGAGAAGCCAGUUCUGAUACAGAGCUUCACCUUGGAGCACUUGAUCGGGCAAAAGCUAUGGGUCAUGUUCUUUCCAUAGCAAAGGAUCAACUUUACGACUGCCUUCUGGUGGAAAGGAAAUUAAGGGUGAUGCUUCAAUCAACCGAAGAUAGAGUCAAUGUACAGAAGAAAAGGAGUGCAUUCUUGAUUCAGCUGGCUGCAAAAACUGUGCCUAGACCAUUACAUUGUCUUCCUCUGCAACUUGCAGCGGAUUAUUACCUGCAGGGCUAUCAUAAGAAAGGAAAUCUUGACAAAGAAAAGAUUGAAGAUCCAUCUCUUUACCAUUAUGCUAUAUUUUCUGAUAAUGUGCUGGCUGCAUCUGUGGUUGUUAAUUCUACUGUGCAAAACGCACAGGAACCUGAGAAGCAUGUGUUCCAUAUAGUGACGGAUAAAUUGAAUUUUGCAGCAAUGAGAAUGUGGUUUCUCACCAACCCUCCUUCUAGAGCAACUAUUGAAGUUCAGAAUAUUGAUGAUUUCAAGUGGUUGAAUUCCUCGUAUUGUUCUGUUCUACGUCAACUUGAAUCAGCAAGAAUCAAGGAAUAUUACUUUAAAGCUAAUAAUCCUUCCUCCCUAUCUGUUGGUUCUGACAAUCUAAAAUAUAGAAAUCCUAAAUACUUGUCGAUGUUAAAUCACUUAAGGUUCUACCUUCCUGAAGUUUAUCCAAAAUUAAACAGAAUUCUAUUCUUGGAUGAUGACAUUGUAGUGCAGAGGGAUUUGACACCACUUUGGUCAGUUGAUUUGAAAGGUAUGGUGAAUGGUGCUGUGGAAACGUGCAAGGAGAGCUUCCAUAGGUUUGAUAAAUACCUAAACUUUAGUAAUCCACUGAUUUCCAAUAACUUCAGUCCUGAGGCGUGUGGCUGGGCAUUUGGCAUGAAUAUUUUUGACUUGAAGGAGUGGAAGAAACGAAACAUUACUGGUAUCUAUCAUCGAUGGCAAGAUAUGAAUGAGGAUAGAACCCUCUGGAAGCUUGGAACCUUACCUCCCGGACUAAUCACCUUUUAUAAUCUGACCUAUCCGUUAGAUCGAGGAUGGCAUGUUUUGGGACUUGGCUAUGACCCAGCUCUGAACCUGACAGAGAUAGAGAAUGCCGCUGUCAUUCACUACAAUGGAAAUUACAAGCCAUGGUUAAAUCUUGCUGUUUCCAAAUAUAAAUCCUACUGGGCCAGAUAUGUUAAGUUGGAUAAUCCAUACCUUCGAGUUUGCAACCUUGGUGAAUAGUGAUUUUUCUUGUCCUGCGCUAGCACAUUGUUUCUUGAGAAUGGUACCUAACUAGAACGUAAUAUAGCUGUUUCUUUUAAAAAACCUCGUGCGGUAAACAUUUUAAUCGUCCUGAAAUUGGCUUUCCUUCUUAAUUUAAUCCAGGACGGUGUAAAAAAUCAAAUUUAGUUCUUGAUCUUGCUAAUUAGUAAUAAAUUCGAUUAGAG